UUUUUACCACUGCUGUGCUUUAAAGCCCACGGUGUAACAUCUUCGGUAUUUGUCGCAGGAAAAAAAAAAAGCGCGGGGGGGAGGGGCCUUUGUGUUCUAUCCCGGCGACGACCAAGAAAAAAAAAAACAUGGCGGAAAGCUGUGCCUGGUUGCUGGUGCUGGGAUCUGUGCUUUUAUGCAAUAUUGUUAAAGCUCUCCUCCCAAGCGUGUCAUCUUUUCUAUGUAGAGUUCUUCAGAAGGAUGCAGAACAAGAGACCCAAAUGAGAUUUGAAAUCCAAUGCAUGAGGCAGGAGUUGGCUACCAUUAGUAUGAUGGAUGAGUUUGCCAGAUAUGCGAGGCUAGAGCGGAAGAUUAACAAAAUGACUGACAAGCUGAAAACACAUGUUAAAUCUAGAACUGCUCAGCUGGCGAAAAUAAAAUGGGUGGUGAACAUUGUGUUUUAUGUGUUACAGGCUACUUUAAUGAUUUCUUUAAUAUGGAAGUAUUAUGCUGAUCCGGUUACUGUUGUACCAAGCAAAUGGAUUGCUCCUCUUGAACGUCUGGUUGCUUUUCCAAGUGGAAUAGCAGGUGGUGUUGGAAUAACAUGCUGGCUUGUUGUAUGUAACAAAGUGGUGGCACUUCUCCUUCAGGCUUUUGGCUAAGAGGGGGUGAAUGCCAUGUUAUCUACCUUCUGUAUUGUUUGUUAGGUAGAAUACUCCAAAAGCCAAGAGUUCUGUGGUUUGACAUGAACAAAUGAUUUAAUCAGCAGUCAUUCAGUAAACACCUCUUUCUGGAUGCAUUUGAAAGUUGUUGAUUAUGCAAUUUAAACACUAAACAAUGAGUACAGUAAUUCCAUGUUUAUCUUUAUAAGGGAAAUGGUAACAAUAAAAAUGUAAAAUUAACUAUGCAUUUUAGGGAAUGCAUUGCAUUUUUUGUCAACAUACAGUAUUGUGACUUUCUGUACAGUAUUCUGACAUUUUGUACUUACACACUCUGGACAAAUGAACCUUGCAAUGUAAUUUUUGUGUAAGUGCACUUUAAUUUUGUUGUAAAAGUGUUAUUCAUUAAAUUAUUCAAAACAAAUAUACCGUAUGCUGAUGAAUUAAGGUAUUAUGGUAAAACUGCCUGAGCAAAUGUGCUCUGUUAUGAAGUAGUUCAGCGUUAGGUCAUUGAAUUAAAUGUGAUUCAGACUACUAUACUAAAUAAUGAUUCUAAGAUAAGAUCAUUUUCAAAAUAUAUGAUAAUAUAGAAAUAUAUACUAAAGUUAUUAAACUUUUUGUUUCUGUUUCUAGUGAUCUAGCCAGUAAGUGCAAAGGCUAUCUGUACAUAUUGCAAUGUUGUUAUAUAAAAAUGUUUUUUUUUUAUUUUUUUAUUUUAUUUAUGACACUUAGCUCAAAAUUGUGUUUGUGUACUGUGUGGCUAUUAAAUAGUCAAAAGUAAAUUUAUUUAUUGUUUGUUUUGUUUUAAAUAAAUCUUUUGAAUCUCAAAA